AUGUUGCACCGUCAAUUCACGCUCGCGGCCAUUCUGGCCUUGGCCUCCUUCACCUUAGCCGAUGAUCCCACGGAGAAGGCGCCUCAGAAGCCUAUAUCUGGUACAGAUACGGUCCACGGUUGCUAUGGAUCAUUAGGAACGAUGACAAAGCUAGCCACUAUCGAUUUCAAUACGCAAGGUGAAUGUACUAGGAGAUGCCGCAAUGAGAACAAGGUCGCUGCAGCCUCAAACCGUAAAGAUUGUUAUUGCGGUGACGAAUAUCCGAAUGGUGCCGAUCUAGUCGCUGACGAUAAGUGUACCGAGCCGUGUCCUGGUUUCGGUACUGAUGCUUGUGGCGGUCUCAACACAUACACCGUCUACAAUACCGGUCUCAUGUUGGCCGUUGGUGAGGCUGAUGAACCUGGUACCUCAUCUAGCUCUAGCUCAAGCGCUACAUCGACAAGUAGCAAUGGAGGGCCGUCUAGUACCUCGGAUACCGUCGAAACUGUUACUUCAUCCGCGGACGACUCUGGCUCUAGUCCAAAUGUUGCCGGCAUUGCGGCUGGUGUUGUAGUCGGUGUCGUGGCUGCAGGUGCUGCUCUUGGAGGAGGCUUUUUCUGGAUGCGUCGCAAGAGAAACGCCGAAAUUGAAGAAGAGCAUCGUCGCAAUGCUGCCGUUAAUGCAUUUAUCAGCGGCGGAAAACCACCUAGUAGCAGCGGUGGUGUAUCCAUGUCUGAUUCUCGCCUCGACCCUGUCAUGAACCGACGAAUGAGUGAUGGUAGCAUUGCCGACAACCAAGAUUACUCGCGGAGGAUUCUGAGAGUCACCAAUGCUUGA